AUGGCGGCGGCGGGCCCAGCCAAGACGGAGGUGCUGUCCCUCUUCCGCGCCUUCCUCCGCACGGCGAGGCAGUUCUCCGACUACAACAUCCGCGAGUACACGCGGCGCCGCGCGGCGGACGCCUUCCGCGAGAACCGCGCCCUCGCCGACGCGCCGGCCGCGGCGGCGGCCUUCGCGGACGGGAAGCAGCAGCUGGAGGUGGCCAAGAGGCAGGUGCUGGUCUACUCUCUGUACGCGCCCAAGGCCAAGAGCGUUGUGGAGAUGAAGAUUCAGUGA